UCGCGUUCGCGUCGUCUCGUCUUCCCGGCACGUCGUUGCUCGUUCCCUCUUUCUCUCUCUUUCUUUCUCUCUCGCUGUCUCUAUCUCUAACGCUCGUCGGUCGGUUGCGGUUUUUUUUCGGCCAGACGCAUUCGACGCUAGAAUCGAAGUCGGUCCGCGACAACGUAUCUCGACGUACCUAACCAAAAACCGACGCACGACGGAUACACGGGAUCGUUCCACCGAUCCCCCACAUAGGAGAGAUCCCUUCGUGUUCGCGGUUGUCGACGCCCCUAGGUGCCCGACUUUCUCGGUUUCUCCUUGGAAUCCGUCUCUGUUCCUUCUUUGUACCGCGACACCGCGCGACCGGCACGCUGGCCCGCCGUUCUAUCGAGCGUGCACGUGCUCCGCGCUUUACUUGUGUUACGCUGACACGCUUUUAGCGGGGCCCCCCCCUCAACGGAUCCUGACCGCUACGAGAGGCGCAUCCUUCCGGACCCGACGCAUCCGUUUCUCCCGAGGUAGCCAGCGGCAGCUUUCAGCGCCAGGAAUCAGAUGUCCGACAGACCGAUCGCCGACCCCAGCGAGAGAAGCACGGAUUCAGCGGUCACCACGGCGACCAUCGGACCGGUGUGAUUCUUGGCGAACUCUGUUUUUCGGUGUGAUUGCCGCGUGUGACCGCCAGGAGAGAUAGAUCACGGUGGAGUGGUGAGACAUAUGUGGUGCGCGUAGUAUCGAAUCGCGUUACGGUUUGUUUUCGAGUUCGCCGAAUUGUCGAGGAUGGCCGGCAGACGGGAUUUACGCAGCAGGACUAAGGGGAAGGACACGAUCGCCACGAUCCUCCUGCUGCUAGUCGCUCCGUUCCAGGUUCUUCAAGGCGUUAAAGGAAGCAGCGAGCCGUGGCUGACGAGCGAGAAACAAGCAGAACUGGGCACGGAAGUACAACUGCCGUGCGAUCUAAAAUUACCGCAAUGCGAGGGGCUGCACAGCAUCAAAUGGUACCGCGACGCGACGCGUAUCUUCAUUUUCAGCGAGGACGGCGGGAUUAUACGCGGCAACGACGACAUCUCCGUCAGGUCGGACAUAGAGUACACCACCAACUCGUCGAAGACUUUCUUGAAGAUCACGGAAGUGAAGCUGGAAGACGAGGGACUCUAUAAAUGCGAAGCCACUUACUUGGCGGUGAAUCACAAGUGCAAUAACGUUCAACACAUCAUUCUCAACGUCACUCUGCAACCUGCAUUUGUACGUGUCAUCGACGAAAGUACGAAGAAACCGUUAAGCACCGGCACCACUUUAGGACCAAUAAACGAUGGUUCGAUGGUUUCCUUGUUCUGCGAGAGCGGCGAAGGGAAACCAGUGCCUUUGGUCGAAUGGUUUAAAGGCGACCAGCUACUAGAAGCAAAUAGUUCGACAACGAUCGCCGACAACGGCGUAGGCACCGGGACCAGCUUACUGGAGAUGCAGAUCACGAGGGACGAGCUGGGAGCAACUUUCACGUGUAAAGUUAACAGCAUUGCACUCUUCGAGCCCCUCACCGUCGACGUCAAGCUCGACGUGCACGUACGGCCGCUGGAGAUGAAUUUAGACGGGGUGGUGAGCCACGUCGUGCGAGGAACGAAGAUCCUGCUGCAGUGCAUUGUGAGGGAGGCGAGACCCGCGGCGAACGUCACCUGGCAGAACGGCACCGAAUACUUGAACGAAAGCAACGACAGAUUCGAGAUGUUCGGAACCAAAGUGAUCGAGAACGAAGAUGGCACGUCGGAAACUCAAAGUUAUCUGGCUUUUACCGCCUCGGAGUACGAUAACGGUAGAACCUUCAAGUGUCAUGCUGAGAACUCGGUUACGCGUUCCGACAACCUGGAACCAAUGAAAGAGACGAUGACGAUCGAAGUUUUAUAUCCACCGAUAGUUAGAAUGAAGCCAGACAACAUCACCGUCAACGAAACCGAAGAUUUCCUAAUAUUUUGCGACUACGAGGCCAACCCAGCCACGCUGACGAAAGUCGCAUGGUUGCGAAACGGUGAGGAAUUAGUGUUAACGGAGGACCACUACGAGGGAGGAAUCACGGAACAAACUGCCCUGACUGUGAAAAAUGCAACGCCCAGCGACAUAGGCUCUUACAGAUGCAUUCUAGACAAUAACGUCGGGCCGUCGAAAUCGGAAGAUAUCGUUGAAGUCUCCGUAUUAUAUAAACCGGUGGUAGAAGUGGUAAUGGAUCCAAAGGCGCCCGUGAACGAGGCAGACCGUUUGAACGUCUCUUUGGCCUGCGAAGUUGUUUCUGGAAAUCCAGCGAGCCUGAUCGCCGUCCGAUGGUAUUUGGACGGUGACCUGCUGAAAGAACUUCCGGAUUGCUCGAGAAAUAGCACCGCGACCACGACGACGACCGAGGAAUCUUUAAUUUUCUGCGAUAUCGACCCGAGCAAGUUGCUGCUGGAAGCUGUGGGACGUUCCUCUCACGGGAACUACUCUUGCGAGGGCAGAAACGACGCUGGCUGGGGGCCACUUUCGCCAAGUGCGCCCGUUAUAGUCCAUUACAAACCUGGCCCGGCUUCGAUCUCGUACGAACCUCAGCGGGUAAUAAAGGAGCGACCAUUGACCAUCACGUGCUCGGUCCUGGACCCAGGACGACCAAAGGUAGUUGGCUUCAAAUGGUUACGAGGCCUUCACAGACUUCCGGAUGAAAACAAUGCUACCCUAACCAUCGAGUCGGUUAAUUUGGAAACUGAAGCGAACUUUACUUGUCUCGCUUACAAUGAAGCCGGCGACGGCGACCCGGCCACCACGUUUAUCGACGUGUCUGCGGCGCCCGAGUUUAUCAAGAAACUGCCCCCUUAUCACGGCUACGUGUACAAUUCCCCGAACGUUAGCAUCAUGUGCUGGGUGGAGUGCGCGCCCAUUUGCAAUAUUUCCUGGCUGAAGGGCGGCGUGCCUAUGGAUUUCUCAAAAACGAAUCGAUACUAUCUGUCGAACGUUUAUCACCCGCCCGAUCCACGAACGAACGACUUCGAAAGCAUCCAGUCGACCCUGGUGUGGAACUUGACCGCUUGGACGGGCGGUCAGCUAGACAGGGUCGAAAACAACGUCCAAUUCACUUGCGAGAGCAGCAGCAAUGGCAUCGGUUCCGGGGUUAACAGCAGCACUCACUUUCACGUGGAAUUUCCCCCGGAAAAUAUGACGAUCUCGAAGAAAAUAAUAAACGUCAUCGUGGACACGAUACCGGAAACGGUGAAUUGCAACGCGAAGGCGCAUCCGGAGCCCACGUUCCGCUGGUUUCGGGAGGGCUCCACGGACACCAUCGUCGAGGGUCGUGUUUUCGAUUUAAAAGUGCCGGUGCCACGGCGCAGCAGCGGAACUUACUACUGCGAGGCAUCGAACCGCCAUGGAAGCAGGAACAUUUCCAUGGUCAUGAAUGUUCAAUUUAAGCCGGAAUGUCAGGUGGAAAAGGAACGAAUAGGCGGCGAGGAUUACGUGGUGUGCUCCGCGAUAGCUAAUCCAAAGGAGACCGAUUUCGUUUGGUCUUUGAAGAGUGACAACGACACGUUGGAACAGAUUGCCGAGAUACGAAAUGGGAAAAGCUACAUUCGGCUCGAUACCUCGGUAACAAAUUUCCGGACAUAUGUUUGCGUUGCGAACAACUCUAUUGGCUACUCGACUGCCUGUGAUCGCGACGUUCCAGCUCACCAUGGACAUAGAAGCCAUAUUCCCUGGUGGCACCAGCUGGAGGGAAAUAUCCUUCUGAUAGUGAUCGUGGCUGCAGUAGUUCUCAUACUUGUGAUAAUAAUCAUCUGCGUGGUGAUCUUCAUCGUUUGUCGGCGCAAACGUAGCCAAAUGAAAUACAGUAAUCGGGUGGUCGAGCUGGAGGAACGCGAACAUCCGGACGGUGGGCCACCGAGUCCCGCGACGUCCUCGCACUCGGCCCAACUUCCGAUGCACUCGACGGCCGCGCCGCGAUGGCCGCUGAAGCCUGGCGUGCUGGUGCACAUAAACCGGAGCCAUAGCCUUCGAUCGGGCCUCAGCGUUCGCGGCGGCGGCGAGACGCUACGAAACGAGCUGAUGGCCAGGCGUCGCGACGAGCCGAUGGCCGAUCGAUUCCUCAUGGAGGCGACGAUCGUCAAAGUCCCGGCUAAAGUGUUCCGUAGGAGAAAGGAGAACGCUAGGAGGAGCCUGACCGUGUCUAGUCUGCACGACGACGGCAUGAUUGCCAGGGCUAAUAAAAUUAAAGCCAUGUUUGGCGUGCAGCUUAAAGAGCAGGCCACUUUGCCCGGUAUUUCCAGAGAGAAGACAGCUGUGACUUACAAAAGAAUAGCGCCACGGCAGCGGAUAUUGCAUGCGGAAUCAUCGUGCGAAUCGAAUCGCGGCAACGUUUCCCGUAAGCGGAAAAAACCUGGGGCAGAUCCCAAUCAAGCUGCGAAUAACAAUCACGUGAACAGCGUGUCGGAGGGUCUUCCCGAGCCCGGUACGAAGACGUUUUACGAAAACCUACCUUUCCACGGGAUCCAAGCACCGCCUAACAAGUUGGUUUCCCGUAUGUUUACCCGAGUUUCGGCUUUGCAUGGCACGUUGCAUCAUUCCGCCCCGACAUCGCCGUGUUCCUCGCGCCCGCUGAGCAGAACGGCAUCGCUCUGCGACGGUAGCUCCGGUUACGAAUCGACCAGGAGCCACCUAGGGCCGCACUAUAGCGAUUACAACAUGCCUAGGAGUAACUCGCCCGUGCCUAAAUACAAUAGCUUGAAGCCGCGGCAAAGGAAGCACAAACGUUCCCAGUUCUACUCUCUGAGGCUCUGCCGUAGGCACGAGAACGUUCACAGGAAGUAUCAGCUUUACACCAUACCGAUAUACAAAUGCCCUCACAAAAACGGCAGCACCGGCACGAUCGCGACGACGAUCGUCAGGUCGGAGACGACGCCGCCGAUACCGGCGCCAAGGCACCCCAGGAACACCGAUCCCUCGAAACACACUUAUCAGAACGUACCGCCUCCCGUUUUUCCGACGAGGAACGCUUCUUCGCUGCCCAGGACCAAGACCGACAGCCUAUACAACUUCGAAAAACACUAUCAGCAGCAGCACCGGCAGGAAAUGCAGCAGUACAGCUACCCGUUACCGAGCAACAGUUCGAGCCAACUAACACUGCCACUAACGCGCAGCCUCUACCAUUCCUCGAUAGUUAGCCCCUUGCAGACCUCCUUCGUUCACGCUAACAAUCGCUCGUCCACCCUGGCGCAUCACGAGACCGUCAAUCACCUGUCCGCGGUGCAUCCGGACGAGGAGCAACAAAACUACACGAACCACGACGCGAGGCAACCGCGCCGUCACGCUAAUCGGGGGAACGAGCGGAGCCAAAAAUACAGGAAGCACAAACGAGGCGACCGGAAACAGAAGCAGAGGCGGGGGGACGCGAGGAGAUCGGAGGCCGCGUACGGCUCGCCCGCCUGCGAGACCAGCUUCCAUCAAGUCCAGGAGCUCGGUAUACCCGAGACGUACAAAAUCUCUUAUCCCCAUUAUUACGAGGACGACAUCGCGGAGUGUCCCACCGAUUAUCACAGAUCGAACCCGAACUCGCGGCAACAGAUCUGGGAACGGCAGUCGAAUCGGUGUCCGGCGGAGAACACGCACUACGCGGAUCCCGGGGACACCAAGAACCGCAACAAACCGAAGAGACUGUUGUCGAAUCACGGCGACGGACGAUCGCCGUCCGCGCCUACGAUAAUGCAGUACGCCGAGCUCCACUUCCGGGACGUCGGUCAGGAGAUCGAUGUCUAAAAGCCCUUCAAGCCGGAAUUCUCGGAUCUCGACUACGCCGACGUGGACUACCGAUCAUACGGGCCGAUCAACUACAAAGCAGCCAGCAUCGCGCUCCUCCAGAAGCAGCAAGCUCAGAAGCUGCACCAGC